AUGGGAGGCAAGAUGUACCCCAAGAUCAUCUUGGGCCAGGACAUCGACUGGCCCAACUAUGCCUACAUGGGAACCCCUCCUGAGUCUGACUUCGAGGUCGAAGGCAUCGGCAAAGACAUCGCCAUGGGACUGGAGACUGUCUGCAACAUCAGCAUGACCGUGGUGGAGAUGCGCUGGUCAGAAUGCUGGGGCGACGGCAUGAUCGGAAAUGGUCUCAAGGCUGGAGUUGCUCAUGGUCCCUCGGCCGCCCUGGGCUUGGCGUGCUGCAUGACCUACACCCACACCCAUGGAGCUCGUAAUCGCUUCAUGGAGUUCAGCAAGCCUAUCUUGAAGGACAACAAACCUGGUGGCCUCAUUGUGCGUUUGAACAACGGCGUUCCAGAGGUCAAUGGCCUAUCUGACUUGAACGGCAAGAAGGUGGUGGACGUGGUGGGCUGGGCUCCCACCGCCGAUACCUUGGCCUUGGCAGAGAACAAGUGCACCAAGGAGCGCUUCACGGGUUUCGAAAUGGUGAAGCCAAGCACCACGACGGACAACGCCAACAACGAUGCCCUUACUGCGCUCUUGGCUGGCGAAGCAGAUGCCAUGUGGGUCUACGCGGACCAGGCCAAGAACUAUCAGUGCGCCGAGGGAGCCACUGACAGCUGGUGCACGCUGUGGAGUGGCUGGGGGACAACCUUCGCCUACAUCCAGACUGGCCUGUUCGGCCACGCCAAGGCUGGAACCACCCUGGCUUUGUCCAAGAAGGGUCCCUUGGCAGGCUCCGGUUUGGCCAAGAUUUUGGACCCCUGCAUUGACAAAUUCCUGGAGACCAAGGCCUACUAUGACGCUUGCGUGAAGCACAGCUUUACCGAAUCCUGCUUCCCGAACGAGCACUUCCCAGGAGGCGCCACCGAGGAAACGCCCAUCUGGGAGAAGGCCACGGAUACCUUGACCUCGACCUGCGCCGAUGGCUAUUGUCCUUGCCCGGUAGUUUAA